AUGUUGAAAGCUGUAAGCAUAGUUACGUGUUUAGCCACAAUUUCAAUUUAUUUUCUAUUAAUUAAUAUUAUCUAUCCUUAUGUGUGUUGGAGUAAACAUCGACCAUCAGAUGAUGACAGUUAUAUGUCACCACCGACGGCAACAUUUAUCAAUAAACGAUUGACAAGAGUUUGUUCCAAUAGAUAUCGAUUCAAUUUAAUGCCUAUGCCUUCGAAAAUCAUUGCGUCAAAUCGAGCAACUACGAUUCGUAUUCCGUCGAUGAUUCGUAUUGAAGCAAAACACUCGUUACCAUUUCCAAUUCCGAAAUCAUUUAAUAAUGCUUCAUUUAUACUUUCGAUUGAGUAUGAAUAUGAUAUGAAUAAUAAUCCUUAUCCGACUUUAGGAAUCGAUGAAUCAUAUCAACUCAAUAUAACGUCAAACAAUCGUGCUUUAUUACGCGCUAAAACCUAUGUUGGCAUUCUACGUGGUCUUUCAACCUUUGAACAACUACGAUCUCAUGAAAAAGUGCCUACACCACUUGCUAUUUUUGAUAAACCUCGAUUUAUUUGGCGUGGUUUAAUGUUGGAUGUUGCACGUCAUUUUAUUCCAAUAUCAAUUAUUCAAAAAACAAUCAAUUUUAUGCAUUUAGUAAAAAUGAAUGUCUUACAUUUACAUCUAUCGGAUGAUCAAGGUUUUCGUCUUGAAUCAAAACGUUUUCCUCGGCUUCAUGAUUCACACGCAUUUUAUUCGCAAUCAGAUAUGCAAAAUCUUAUUGAAUAUGCUCGACAACGUGCUAUUCGUAUUGUACCAGAAUUUGAUAUGCCAGCGCAUACAUCGGCGUGGUUCAUUGGCUAUCCGCAUUUAGCAACUACGCAAAAAAGUUCGUAUCAUUUAGAAAAAACAUGGGGUGUUAAAAAUGCUACUAUGGAUGUAACCCGUCCAAGUACAUACGAUUUUCUUGAUAAAUUCUUUUCGGAAAUGACACAAUUAUUUCCUGAUCGAUAUUUUCAUAUUGGCGGUGAUGAAUGUGAACCAUAUGAAUGGAUGGAAUCAGAACAAAUACAAAAAUUUCUUAAAAAAGAACGAUUAUAUAGUCAUCAAGAUCUACAAGCUUAUUUUAAUAGACGAAUUGAAAAAAUUUUGACAAAAUAUAAUCGUACAAUGAUUGGCUGGGAUGAAAUAAGUGCAUCGAAUUUUUCCAAGGAAGCAAUAAUUCAAUCAUGGUGA